GCCACGACGCUAAAUGUGACUCUCAUCAUGUAUCUGAUGCAAUGCAUUGUCCUGCUGCUGUUCAGCAGUGUAGUUCAGAGUUACUCUAUAAAGGCCCUGGUUAGUAAGACCUAUGAGAAGCCUGAUAACAGCAUUGACCGGGAUUAUUUCUCUGUAUCUUCCAUACUUGAAAGAGCUAACAAGAACGCUGGAAAGUCACAGGGUGAGUUCAGCAUUAUACAUGGUGACAUAGCAGUGUACACUGGGCUCCAGAAUGCAGAUCCAUGUACUUCUCUUCAGUGCAAAUGGCGCAGGGGCAGGAAUGGGAAAGUUAAGGUGCCCUAUGUGAUUUCCAGAGAGUAUUCACCCAGUGAAAGAACUGUUAUCAACCGUGCACUGAAGUCCUUCGAAAACUCGACCUGUGUCCAAUUCAGACGUCGUAGAAGAGAAGAAGACUACAUUAAUAUCAUCUCUGACACUGGGUGCUAUUCUUUCGUUGGGCGCAGGGGUGGAAGGCAAGUUCUUUCCCUGUCACGCAUGGGGUGUGUUUACCAUCACAUUGUCCAACACGAGUUUCUCCAUGCUCUAGGCUUUCAUCAUGAGCAGACUCGUAGUGACCGUGACAAUCAUGUCAGAAUCCUUCUGCAAAAUGUUAUACCUGGACAAGAACACAAUUUUGAUAAAGUCAACACCAACAAUUUGGGCACUCCAUAUGACUAUGAUUCUGUCAUGCAUUAUUCAAGGUUUGCAUUCUCCAAGAACAGGGAGCCAACCAUUCUCCCUAUUCCAGACAAUAAUGUUCCCAUUGGACGUGCAACUGAGAUGAGCAAGAAUGACAUUGAACGUAUUAACAGGCUUUACUGCCUUUAAACAAAUCACUCUGAACAUCACCAGUGGAGUUUGAAUGCAUUUAAAAUAUGUUUAAUAACAGUUUUCAACAUGUUUGAAAAGUCUCUGCUCUUGAUGUAGUUUGAUGUGAGUUUCUUUCUUUCUUAAAUUUCACAAAUGCUAAAGUUAUAGAUUGUUGAUAAUUAGCCAUGUGUAUUGGACAUAAUGUUAUUCAUGUUUAUAGCAACCUUUAAUAGAUUCUGAGAAUUGCUAUUAUGAAUUCAUUUUCAGUUUUCAUGUGCAAUGUAACAGUCAUUAUAAUUGUUUGAUAACCAAUCAUCCAUAGUGCUGUUGGAUUUUCUAGUGUAAACCUAAGUACCUGUCUCCCAGGAAAAAAACAAUAAACAAUUCCUGAAGUGA